CGCCGGAAGCCGUUUUACUCUAAUUCGAGGGAUAGAGAAAAUACGUGAAUCUGAUAGUUUAUAAAUUAGUAAUAAUAAAAUAUAACUAUUUUCUUUGUGAAGUGCAGCGAGAGGACUUCAUAACAGGACUUUUUACGGGUGGGAUACAAGAUCCUUUAAAAGAUGUCAGAUAAGCCUAAUAAGAAGAACACUCCUGGAAAAGAUGCCACAAAGAGACGUAAAAGUGCAACCAGCACAACCAGCUCUCAAAAAAGUUUCAAGGGAAAAACUAAGACAACAGCAGCUAAAAAAGAAGACACACCAACUACACCAACUGGGAGUGCUACAGAGUCAGGUCCACCUGAAGAUAUCUUCCCACUGGUUCUUACCUCCAAGACCCAAGAACUGUUUCAGUGCCGGGCAGAUGAAGAUCUCACACAGGACAACCUCCACAAAAUCAUCAAGAAGGAAGAGAUCCUGAAUGAUAUGAAGAUGAGGGCUGCUGUCUCUGAUUUCUACCCGGUCAAGCAGAUGGUUAUGAACUACCCAGGGGAGGAGCUGUUAUUGGUGUUUGAUAGAGACUUUAAAUAUGGACAGAGUUUCUACCUUGUAGGAACAGAAGACACAAAGGAAAGAAUUUUACACCCCCCGGAACCAUCAGAGGAAGAGGGAGUUGAGGAAGAAGAUUUGCUGGAACCAUUUUUAUACAAAACACCAGAACCCAAACCAUGGGAGUCUCUGGGAAGCAGUCUCGAGAUUGAAGAGGAAUCGGUGAAAGACUCCAGAUGCAAGCACAGAUAUAAGAUUUCCCGAAAACGUAGAGAAUUUGGGGCUCCGGUGAAGUUUACUGAUCGCAAUGCUUCAGUGGUGCGUGAUGGCUACAUAGAAUGUACCCCCUACCCAGACAAAAGCUUCAGUGUUACAAAAAUGGAGAUGGACACUGGUAUACAGGCUGUUCCACAGCUGCAGGAGACCAGCACACAGACAAAAUGGAAAUACCCACGGAAUGCUUGCACCCAGUAUGUGCCCAGGGAAUUCACGGAUGAAGAAAAAGAAAACUUCAUGAAUUCUCAAAGCCUUAAAGAUUUCAUUAACUCUGUAGCUUUAAGAUUUGAAAUAGCUGUCCAGCAGAAUGAAAUAAUGGAUGCAUUCUUUGAUGACUGGAAAGCUCUGGGGGAGGAUGAGAGCACAUUUGGUGGAAAGACAGACACUCAUCUGAAAGAGUACCAGUCCUUCACAGACCUGUAUUACAGCAAAGACAAGGCAGUCAGCUGUAUUAACUGGCACCCAACUAUCUAUGGCAUAAUAGCUGUUGCUGUAUCAGAAAGACUUUCCUUUGAAGACAGGAUUAAUCUCUCUGCUAAGCUAGUCUUGACCCCUUCGCUGAUUCUCAUCUGGAGCUUUUCUGAUCCCAUACAUCCUCAGUUGCUGAUGGAAUGUCCCGAUGAUAUCUGCUGCUUUGAGUUCUGUCCUAGUGAUCCGAAUAUCAUUGUUGGUGGCUGCAUUAAUGGACAGGUUGUCUUAUGGGACAUUUCCGCAUAUGCAGAGCGUUUACAAAGCACAAGGACUGGAGGAGCAAAGCACACUCCUGCUGCCGUAAAUGCAUUACCAGGGUUUGAGGACAAAAAUGUGAAGAAAACUCCUAUUGUGCGCUACUGUGCUGUCUCCUCCAUAGAGCAUGGGCACAAAGCACCAAUUAGUGAUGUACAAUGGCUGCCAGACUACUAUGAGAUUUCAAGACAAGGAAUCCCCUUGGAAAACAAAAAUGGAAUUUGUGUCCAGAUUAUUACAUGUGCUCCUGACUGCUCAGUCAAUUUUUGGGAUAUCCGGCCACCAAACGUUGUUACCCAAGCAAUGACGGACCGAAAGAAACAGGAGGAAAAACACCUUGAGAAUCCCCAAGGAAUUCCAAAUACUUUCAAACACCUUGAUCUCACCUGGAAGCCUCUAAUUAAGGUGGGUCUCCCUAGGAUUGAAACAAGUGGAGAGUACAGCGCUGUAAAAGUUAGUCUGAAAGACAUUCUUCAAGAAGGACGGCUACGUGGCAUUACCGAUAAAUCUCGUGCUGCAAAACUGGAAAAGUCAGACGGAGGACUUGAUUAUGGGAUGCUGAGGGUGCCCUCUGCAAAAAACCUCAAGACACAAGAGGACAUCAGCACCACAUUCUUUGUUGGAACAGAAGAUGGAGAACUGGUGUACUCAGACUUUAAACUGGAAAAAGACAGUGAUUCUGGAAAACUAACCAGUUCCAAACCUACUCGUUGUUUCGUAAUACAUGAUGGUUUAGUCACCACAGUGAAGAGAUCCCCUUUUUUCAAAGACAUUGUCCUGACAGUAGGAGGCUGGACUUUUGCCAUUUGGAAAGAAGGGCUGAUGAACGGUCCCAUCCUUCAGUCCAGUGCUUCCCAGAAGAAAUGUACAGUGGGGCACUGGUCCCUGUCCAGACCCGGAGUCUUCUUCAUCGGGAAGGAGGAUGGGAACAUCGAUAUCUGGGACCUGCUAGAGAAAACACAUGAGCCUUCACAAACACAAAACAUCUCCACCGGACAGAUAACUUGCAUCAAGCCAUGGAUCGUGUCAUCCAAGCAACACCUUCUGGCUGUGUCUGAUGAGUUUGGCACACUGCAUAUUUUAGAGAUUCCAUGGACACUCCGUCACCCUUCAAGUAAUGAAAAACUAAGUGUUACCAAUUACUUUGAGAGGGAAGUUAAACAUCUGAAGUAUUCUGAGAAACGGAGAGAAUUCAGAGAACAGGAGAAAAGAGACAUGGAUGCAGAGGAGCUGAGAAGACUGUCUGAGAUUGUUCAUGAAAAGACAGCAGAGCAGCUGGAAGAAGAGGUUCAGCAGGAGUUCAGGGAGUACCUGAAACUGGAGAAAUGCAUUCUGUCUGAUAUGGGUUUGAUAAAGCCAGCCGAGGAUAAUCCACUGCCUGGGGUCUGACAACACUGCUGUCAUGCCAAGUCUGUUCUGCUGUAUGAAUCACAGUAUUUCAGAUACAAGAUACAAAUAAAAAAAAUAAAAAAACUUUGUUGUUCACGAUGUAGUCUUCCAGUUAUGUACAUAUUCCAAUAAAUAAAAAUACAGAAUUCUAUAUAGCUAGAUAGAUAGAUAGAAAGUGUGCACAUUUAUUAGA